CUCGCGGCGUCGAGCGAGAGUUCCUCAAAGUGCGGGAUAUCCUUGCUGAGCUCUAAAAACCCCGAAAAACCCAGCCCGAAAGCGCGCGCAAAUAUGUGAGGUUAUGUUUACGCCCCGAAAUCAAAACAAACCUAGCCCAAACAAAGAAAAAAAAAAUAAAAAAUGGAGGGCCUGAAGGUUUUCGCCGCCCUCCACCUCGAUAAAUUGCCGGCCCCCUGGGUGACCGCGAUGUGGGAGGGGCAGUUCCUCGUCUUCGAGGCGAUCCCCGAGGAUUACGUCCCCCAGGUCGAGUCGGCCGGCGGCGACCUCGACGCGAUCCUCGGGGACGUGAUAAAACACGUGAAGCGAUCGUUGGGGGGGAAAAAACGGGCUGACCCUGGGGAUCCCCAGGAGUCGGGCUCCUCGUGGCAGACGCUCACCUCCGCGAGGGUGGAGCCGCGGCCGCUCCUGGCGCUCCUCGGGAGUCUGAUAAAAACGGGUCAGGAUCGCGAUUACGACGAGGACGCGCGUCAGUCCUGCCUCCUGGGGACGCGCCUCUACCUGACGCUGUUGGCGGUCCCCGGGAGUUCGGUUUACGAGGUGUUCCACGAGAAUCUUUUUCAACUCGCGUUGGACACGUUCAAGCUCGCGGAGGGGCUGAUCGCCCCGGUGAAGAGGUCGAGGGCCCCCCAGGACCUGGGGGACCUCUACGAGGAGGAGGACAGCCUCCCGGCUCUGAGUAACGCGCAAAAGCAGAAUUUGACGAGAAGUUUGAAUACCAUCAUGUACGAGACGAUCGUCUUCCUCGGGGAGUUCAGCCUCCUGGACCUGCCGCGGUCCCUCGAGGCGGUAGUCGCGGCGCUCGUUGAUGUGACGAAGCUCGGAGGGGACUCUAACGUUCAAACCCCGAGGAAGAACGCGAGCCCCCCCGCCACCCUGGGCACCCUGACCCACAACGCGUACGUCGCGCUGACGGCCGCCUGUCACCCGCGCCACGGCCCCAUCCCCAUAACGAUUAAACUCAUCAUCAAGAAGGUCCUGGUGUUCAUGACCCAGAACUGCUACAACGAUCUCAACGCGAAGCUCCUGGCUACCGUUCGAAAAACGACGAUUCACUUUUUAUCGAGCCUCGUCGAGCCGCACCAGGAGGCGGUGGAGGCGGGGAUCCUCAUCCUCAUGAACCAGAUCAUGAUCCACUGUUCUAAGAUCGCGGAGGACCGUCGCAAGGAGGUCUCCAUGAUCAUCGAUCUCCUGAGGAUCCUGAGGACGAGAAAGUCCCGGGACGACAUCUGCGGGGACUUCCUCAGGUGCUCCCACAACAGCAAGAUCACCUGGAGGAUCUUCGCCCAGGAGAUUCUCAACAAGUACCUGAAGAUGUCAGACGACCUGGGAAGUGUCGAGGGCCGGAACCUGAGGAAGAUUCUCCUGGGGACGGUGCUGUGUCACUGCAACGACGUGUCGAGUCUCGUCAGGGCGAAAUGCGUCUCGACCCUCUCGGAGUACACGGAGGACCCGGAGAACCUCUUCGUCAGAGACUUGUUCACGAGGCGCGAGGAAGGAGGGGACAUCCCCGUUUUCGAGGAGCUCGAGGAGGCGAUGGCCAACCUCUCAGAGGACCUGGACAUCCUCCCCGAGGCCGACGCCAUGAUCUCGAUGUUGACGGAACGAGUGGAAGACGAGAGAGCGGCCGUCCGCAUCUCCGCGAUUCAAAUCCUCCAUAAUUUCGUGAAAGUUAACGAGCAUAUCCUGACGAGGAUCAUCGACAUCAUCUCCGAGCACUGCCGGGACCCCACGAUGACCGUCCGCAUCCGGGCGAUCCAGGUCCUCACCUCUCUGUUUCAAUCAUUCCCCCGUCACGAGAGCUUCUGCACGACCUGGGUGAAGUCAGUGGUCCCCCAGGUGUUCGACGUCGAGGUCAACGUCCAGGUGGAGGCCCUGAAGGCGCUGGAGUCCCUGACCCUCAAGAGGAUAUCCCCCCCGGGUGAAAACGUAGAGCUGCCCUGGAGGGUUCUGAAUGAAUUAACGAGAAACAAGAUGAGGAAGCACCUGGCGAAGGCCUGCGACGCUUGGACAGAGUCCGGAAGCCUGACCAACUCGAUCCUCAAGAGCAUAAAGUCUCAAAUCGGUUCGGAAUACAACAUCGAGGCGUGGAUAUUCCUCUCCGCCGUCUCCGAGAGUCAAGUCCUCGAGGACAUGCAGCAGCACUUCCGGGGGUACGAGGACUUGUUCGAAGCGGACGACUUCCUGGAGCCCGUUUUCGAGGUCCUGAGAAGCUGCUGUUUGACGUUCGAGCAAAACUUCCUGGAGAAGAUGCUGCGGGUGUUCCUGAGGCACCUGCAGGAGUUCCGGAUCCACGAGAGGUUGAUCAGUAUAUCCCUGGACAUCGUUCACCAGGUCUCGGAUUUCCUGAAGCCCACGGGGGAGGGGUUCGUCAGACCCUUCGAGGACGAGAUGACGGACCUCCUGGAGGCCUCCGAGAUGAUCAUCUCCUCGAUAAUCCAUCACGAAACCUCCGGGACCACCUGCAUAAGGGCGAUCUACACCCUGGGCUAUACUUCCUUACUCUGCCCAAAGGAGGUCUCCCUCUCGGUCUUGAGAAUCCUCCAGGGUCUCCUCGUCUCCCCGGAGACCAUCCCCACGUGGUUCACCAGCCCCAAGCGUCUCCAAGCCUGCGCAAUAGUCGCCCUGGGCCAGCAAUCCAUGCGUAAAGAAGCCAUCGCGCACGAAAUGAUGACCAUCUUCGCGCAGCUCCUCUGCACCAGGUCCUCAGAUGACGCCUCUGAAGACGCCGCCAUUCGCGUCAACGCCGCCAAAGCUCUGGCAGACGUCGCCACGAGGUUCACCUCCCUCGUCGAGCCCCACCUCCCAGAUAUCUGCGUUUCCAUGAAGGACGGCAAUCCCAUCGUCAGGGAAGCCAUCGUAGUCAUCUUCAUUCAACUCCUGGUGGAGGACUACAUCAAGGUCAAGGGCACCUUCUUCUUCCACAUCCUGACAAUGCUGGCGGACCCUGAGAAGACUAUCCGCGAGAUGACAGUCUUCCUGAUCAAGGAGAGGCUCCUCAUGAAGAACAAGGAGCUCAUCUCCCAGCAGUUCCUGGAGGCCAUCUACCACUACAACGACUUCGAGACCAACAACAAAUUCUGCAAGCGGACCCUGAGGGAUCACGAGAAGGUGGCGCUGGUCCUCAGCGGAGGGGACAACGCCGCCAAUCGCAGACUCAUCUACGAUUUCAUGCUGGAGAACCUCGACGUGGCAGGAAAAUCGAAAUUGCAUCAGGUCCUGACGACUCAGAUCUUCAAUAAUUUUCUGAGUGGAAACUUCAAGGUCACGAAGGGUCAGGCCCUCUGCGUCCUGAGAGACGCUCUCUACGUUGUUUCGAGCGUUCACCUGCAAGUGGGGGGUGGGGGGCGGUCCCAGGGGGAUGAUGAGGAGGAGGUGGAGGGAGGGAGGGUCAGCGGUUCCACGAAUGUUCAUCUGGAGAAGACGAAGAAGCACAGGGUUUCGGUUUUGCUGCCUAAGUUGGCGGAACUGAGGCGCAAGUUGACGAAGACCGAGGUGGAGGGGGACGUGGGGAGGGCUUUUGUCAAGAUUGCCGGGGAGUUCGGGAAGGAUCAGUUGACUGGACUGUUCGCCGAGUUCCCGGGGGUUGAGGAGGAGAUGGAGCGUUGCAUCAGAUUGUAUGGAAAGAGAGGAGAAGUGGAUGAUGAAGUUGAUGAGUCCUCGCAACCACUCGGGGAAUCGACGCCAAUUAAACAGAAGCAUUUAUCACUGAGGGGCAGAAGCCCGCGGAUAGUUCUGAGAAGACUCUCGUCGCUGACUUAUCCAGGUCUCAAUCAUUCCGCGAAGCCGAGGGAGAGGGACAUGAGCAGAACUAUUUCCAGUCCAGUGGUCGUCUUGAGUGACUGCGUGCGGGAUCUUAAUUUAAUUAACGCGCCGCAGUCCUCGGGAGGUGCAGCACGAGAGGCCGAACGGGAGGCGAGGUGAUGGGGUAAAAAACAUGAGUUGAAUAUAGUUUUAAUGAAUGCUUUUGAUUGGGAUGGGAUUAUGGGGAGAAGGAGUAGG